AUGGCGUCGAAUAGUUCAACGAUGUGGUUUGGUGGUUUUCUCCUAAUUGCUUUCUCGUUCGUAGCUCUCCUUACCAGAGACGACUGCUGCUCAAUAUGCUUGCCAGUGAUCAUGUCUGUUAUCGGAGGGGCUAUGUUACUUGUAUCUAGACCAGGGAAGCGAGUCGAUCCUCGGAACAAAGCCAUCCUCGUUACCGGAUGUGAUCGGGGGUUUGGGCUCUCCAUUGCUAAACAUUUCUACUCGCUCGGGUUUGAAGUAUUUGCAGGCUGUCUUUUCAAAGACAACGGUGGUGAUGGCGCUGUGGAGUUAGAAAAGAUGGGCUCUAACAGAAUGCAUGUGUUACAGUUGGACGUUGCAGACGAUGAACAAGUGAAGAUGGCAGUGAAAUGCGUGAAGGAACUGACCGGGGAGCGAGGUUUAUGGGCCCUGGUGAAUAAUGCUGGCUUGUCUACCUAUGGACACGUGGAGUGGUGCACAAUGGAAACGUACAAACAGAUAGCUGAUGUAACAUUGUGGGGAGUGGUACGCACAACCAAAGCUUUUCUGCCUUUAUUACGUAAAUCAAAAGGUCGAGUGAUUAACGUGUCCUCUUACUUGGGCUUGUUUUCACCUCCUGGUCGCUCUGCGUACUGCAUCUGUAAACGAGGCAUUGAAGCAUUCUCUGACAGUCUACGUCUCGAGAUGCGACCUUUCCAUGUGCCUGUGUCAGUCAUAGAACCAGCAAACUUCAUCCGUGCUACUGGACUAUACACUGAAGACAGUGUUAGGAAAAUCUCUGAAAAACUGUGGCGGGAAAUGGAACCCAAUGUGAAAGAAGAUUACGGAAAAGAAACUUUUGAUAGCGCAGUUGAAAAAAUGAGAACUUUCUGUUCAAGUGGGCAUUUGUCACAAGAUAUGGUACUUGAUACGUAUGAAGAUGCACUCCUGGCACAACAUCCUAAAGUACGAUAUUUAGUUGGAAACUGGAAGGAAAAGACGAAAACAUUUAUUUUAUACCAUCUGCCGACUUGGCUCGGUGACUGGUUAUAUUGGUAACUAAUUUUGAAAAAAAACACAUUUUAUACCAGUGUUCCCCAAACUUCAUGUCAAUCACUAAUUUGCAUAACAAUAUGCCUAAUUUGCAUGAUAAUUAGUUUCCCCAACUCUUGAGACAACAUCCUAAAGUAUGAUAUUUUGUUGGAAACUGGAAGAAAAAAACGAAAACAUUUAUUUUAUACCAUCUGCCGACUUGGUAACUAAUUUUGAAAAACACAUUUUAUACCAGUGUAACCCCAAACUCCAUGUCAAUCACAAAUUUACAUAACAAUAUGCCUAAUUUGCAUAAUAAUUAGUUUCCCCAACAAACAUUGUGAUACAAUAACUACAAUAAAGAAGAAGUAUUUUUAUAUCAUUUUACUUUUAAGUCAAAUAAAGUUUGGAAUAGAACAGCAAAAAAAUGGAAAAACACUGAAAAAUAAUAACCAAAUUAACCACAUACAAAAAUAAAUACGAAGAAAAACAAAUGGUACGAAAAAAAAAAUAUAUAUAUUGGGUAAAAAGGAAAAAGGCUUACUGCUAGUCAAGUCUGAUUUCCAAUAUACACUUGAAGUAUAAUGUAUAAAGUGGAGGGCCAAAAAUAAGUAUAUUAAUAUGAAGAUUAACUAACCAAAUUAAUAAAUAACUAAAUAAAUGAAUAUGUAAAUUAAUACAAAUCAGUGAUAAAUAAACAUACCUGGUACAGCUCGUUAGCCAAUAAAUGAACAAAUAUGUAUGUAUGACAUCACGCAUUGCCGACACCACCACCAUGGAAACACCGGCAGCGCCCUAUGGCCGGGGAUUGUGGACCACAAACAUGGACGCUUAUACCCCCCCCCCUCCCUAUAGGACAUCAUUACCAACAUCUCUCAUGUUUGUGGUUAACCACCCCCAGCACCAAACACCACAGGGUAACCGCGACAGCAGUGCCGGCAAAACCAACCUGAUGCCAUACAGAACUUUAAAGUCUAAGAAAAUAAGUUGUGGAAAAAUAAAUCAGGUUAAAAAAAAUAAUGAAUAAAUAAACAACUUGGCAAACAAAA